AUGUCUUUGAUCAGAGCCUCUAUUUCUCUGGCUGUUCCCGCGACGGCGGCUUCUAUCUUCUUUCCUGACUCGGUUGGAUAUGUUGCUGGAGGCACAGCAGUAGUCUUUCUGUUUGCCAAAACUUGCUCCAGACCGUUGGCCAACCAUGCUGAACUAGACAAGAUACCCUACUCUUGUUCGUCACCUCCCAAGGAGCAGCAGUUGACUCUUACUACUUGCCUUAUUCCUCGUCCAAAACUGAGAAUCAUCCUUGAUUUGGGUGGCAUCAAGUUGGAGCAAUUGGCUACCAGUAUUGCCAUGGCGCUUGGACUACGCCGAAUUCCUCGUCCAAUCAGCGAUAUAGAUGAUCCAAUCUGGACAAUACCUACCACAGAAGCUGCCCAGGCUGCACUGGCAUUAUGUCAAAAGACUGCUGGUCCGCAUCGACAGUGGAUUGUCAAUCACUGUCUCCGGACGUUUCGAUUUGGUGCUGCUGUGGCGGAACAGUUGGGAACAGUAUACGACGAGGAAGUCCUCUUUGUGGCAUCCUUGCUUCAUGAUUUAGCCUGGACCGAACCCUUUGAUCGUGAUGACCUUGACUUUGAGCUGCUUGGUGCUCAAGCAGCACGGGACUUUUGCAUCCACCAUGGCAUGAGUGAACACAAAUCCAAUGUCAUUCAUGAAAUGAUUGCCCUCCAUACAUCCCCGCACAUACUGGGUCUACCAGAGUACGCCCCUGAAAUCCGGUUGGUCAGCCAGGGUGCUGGGAUGGAUGUAGCCGGACUCUUUUGCGAGGAGAUCUCUUCUGAAACCAAAUUAACAGUGGUCAAGGAGCAUCCUCGUCUCAACUUCAAAAAGUGCUGUUGCGCCUUGAUGGCAGACCAUGCCAGGCGAAAACCAGAUACUCACAUGGCUGUCAGCUGUCAAAUGGGCUUUCUGACGGCCAUCAGAAUGGGACCGUUCGAUGAGUAG